AUGAUAGCUUACAUAGAGCCAUACUUCUUGGAUAACGACGCUGAGGCUUCCGCCGUCGCCGGAAAAUCUUCCGACGGUGUUUCAGAGUCACUCAACCUCCAAGGGACAAUCGUAUGCGGCGGCGAUGCGGCUGAUAUCGCCGGGAAAGAUUUCGGCGGCAUGAACUUUGUGAAGCCACUCGCCGUGGUGAGACCGGUGGGACCGGCGGAUAUCGCCGGAGCGGUGAAAGCAGCUCUGAGAUCGGAUAAACUCACGGUGGCGGCUCGUGGAAACGGCCAUUCGAUCAACGGUCAGGCUAUGGCGAAAGGAGGGCUUGUCGUCGAUAUGAGUUCCACGGCGGAGAAUCAUUUCGAGGUUGGUUUUUUAUCCGGCGAUGGUGGUGGUACGGCGUUUGUUGAUGUCUCCGGAGGGGCAUUAUGGGAAAAUGUGUUGAAACGGUGCGUUUCGGAGUACGGUUUAGCUCCGAGGUCGUGGACGGAUUAUCUCGGGUUAACGGUAGGCGGGACGUUGUCGAAUGCCGGCGUUAGUGGACAAGCUUUCCGUUACGGACCACAAACGUCGAAUGUAACGGAGUUAGACGUCGUAACGGGAAACGGAGACGUCGUUACUUGCUCGGAAGUUGAGAAUUCGGAGCUUUUUUUCUCCGUUUUAGGUGGUCUUGGUCAGUUUGGUAUCAUCACCAGAGCUAGGGUUUUGCUACAGCCAGCACCAGAUAUGGUGAGAUGGAUAAGAGUGGUUUACACCGAGUUCGAUGAGUUCACUCGUGACGCCGAGUGGCUGGUGAGUCAGAAAGACGAGUCGGUCGAUUACGUGGAAGGAUUUGUGUUCGUCAACGGUGAUGACCCGGUCAACGGAUGGCCUACAGUUCCGGUUCACCCAGACCACGAUUUUGACCCGACCCGAUUACCACAGUCUUCCGGUUCGGUUCUCUACUGCCUUGAACUCGGUCUUCAUUACCGGAACUCAGACUCAAACUCAACCGUCGAUAAGAGGGUGGAGAGAUUGAUCGGGCGGUUAGGAUUUGAGGAUGGGUUGAGAUUCGAGAUUGAUCUGCCUUACGUUGACUUUUUAUUGAGGGUAAAACGGGCAGAAGAUAUCGCGAAGGUGAACGGCACAUGGGAAACGCCGCACCCUUGGCUUAACCUCUUCGUGUCGAAGCGUGACAUCGCAGAUUUUGAUCGGACAGUUUUCAAAGAACUCGUCAAGAACGGAGUCGGUGGGCCCAUGCUGGUCUAUCCUCUUUUGCGAAGCAGGUGGGAUGAUCGGACAUCCGUGGUUAUACCGGAAGGAGAUGUAUUCUACAUUGUGGCAUUGCUUCGGUUCGUGCCGCGGUGUACAAAAGCUUCAUCGGUCGAGAGAAUGGUAAUUCAAAACCAAGAGAUCGUUCAAUGGUGUGUGAAAAACGGAAUAGAUUACAAACUGUAUCUUCCUCAUUACAAGUCUCAAGAGGAAUGGAUUCGCCAUUUUGGAAAUCGAUGGUCGAGAUUUGUUGAUAGGAAAACUAUGUUUGAUCCAGUGGCUAUCCUUUCACCGGGUCAAAAGAUUUUCAAUAGGUCUCCUUGA